GAACCAGGACAACCCGUCACGAACCCAAGGCCUGAACCAUAGUGCUUUUGGUCGAACCCUCUCAACACGGUCAACCAUCGACUCAGUUUUUCAUCCCAUGCCACCAUCGAACACUGGCAUAUCCCUACACUACUCUUCAGCCGCUGAACUCACCAUUUCUGUUAUUUAGAGCUCUCUCUCCCGAUCCAAACUAGCAUUAUGCUUCAGAAACCCUAAAUCCUGAACACACAUUCAUGCAUGGAGUCCUCACCAUCGCCGCCGUCCGCCGCCCCAAGAUGUUGAUACGAUCAACGGCCAUCAUCGUCGUCAAACCAGGUCAGUUCACUCUGUUCCCUCUCAACGCCUUCCUUCAAUCCUUAUCUUCCAUCGCUUCAGCUCCUGAACCACCCCUCCCCUCAAGCUCAGAUCCCGAUCAACACCCACCAUUCGAUAUCUCCUCCCAACUCCUCUCUCUCCUCUCUCGCCCCAAUUGGCAGAACAACCCAUAUCUCAGGAAUCUAAUACCAUCCAUAUCGCCUUCCCAUCUCUCCACUUUCUUCACCAGCAACCCUAAUCUCAAUCCCCAAAUUGCACUUUCCUUCUUCAACUAUCUCUCUCAAAGACCCAAAUUCAGACCCAAUGUCCAGUCCUAUGCGUCUUUAUUGAACAUUCUUGUUCGUAAUAGGUUUCUGGGUGUUGCUGAAAAUGUCCGUAUUGGGAUGAUCAAAUCGUGCCAUUCGAUUGAAGAUGCACUGUUUGUGCUGAAUUUUUUGAGAAAUAUGAAUACUUGUGAUGGUGAAUUUAAAUUUAAGCUCACUCUUAAAUGCUAUAAUACGCUUCUGAUGACUUUAGCAAGGUUUCUUAUGAUUGUUGAAAUGAAGACGGUGUAUUUACAGAUUUUGGAUGAUAAGAUUCCACCGAAUAUAUAUACUUUUAAUACCAUGAUUAAUGGGCAUUGUAAAUUGGGGAAUGUGGUUGAGGCGGAGUUGUUUAAAAGUAAGAUUUUACAAGCGGGGUUGAGUCCAGAUACACACACUUACACAUCGUUGAUAUUAGGCCAUUGUAGGCGAAGGGAUGUGGAUAGUGCAUUUAGGGUGUUCACAAUAAUGCCACGAAAGGGUUGCCGGAGAAAUGAGGUUUCGUAUACUAAUAUUAUUCAUGGGUUUUGUGAAGUGGGAAAGGUUGACGAUGCUCUCAAGUUGUUCUCACAGAUGGGAGAGGAUAAUUGUUGUCCAACUGUUCGGACAUACACAGUUCUCAUAGAUGCAUUGUGUGGAUCUGGUAGGAAAGUGGAAGCAUUGAAUUUAUUCGAGGAGAUGACAAAGAAAGGCUGCCAACCGAAUGUUCACACUUACACUGUGCUCAUUGACAGCAUGUCAAAAGAUAACAAGCUUGAUGAAGCAAGAAGAAUGUUAAAUGAAAUGUUGGAAAAAGGGUUGGUUCCAAGCGCUGUGACAUAUAAUGCUUUGAUUAAUGGGUACUGUAAGGAGGGAAUGGUUGAUGCUGCAUUUGAAGUAUUUGAUACGAUGGAGUUGAAUAAUUGUAGUCCAAAUGUUCGCACCUUCAAUGAAUUGAUUUGCGGGUUAUGUAAGACCAAAAAGGUGUACAAGGCAAUGGCACUACUUAAUAAGAUGCUUGCCCGUAAGCUGUCACCUAGCCUGAUUACUUUUAACUCGUUAAUUCAUGGACAAUGUAAGGAGGGUCAUUUAAAUAGUGCUUUUAAGUUGCUUAGUUUAGUGAAUGAGAAUGGUCUGGUUCCUGAUGAGUGGACUUAUAGUGCUCUUAUAGAUACCCUAUGUAAGAAAGGGAUGGUGGAUAAAGCUCAUGCAGUAUUUGAUUCUCUCAAGAAGAAAGGCAUAAAUGUAAAUGUAGUGAUAUAUACUGCUCUGAUUGACGGGUAUUGCAAGGCAGGGAAAGUCGAUCCUGCCCUCAGUUUGUUUGAAAGAAUGCGUACAGAAAACUGCAUUCCAAACUCAGUCACUUACAACGUGUUGAUGGAUGGGUUGUGCAAAGAUAAUAAAACACAUGAAGCAUUGGAAUUACUGGAGAAGAUGGUAAAGAUCGGGAUGAAGCCCACAGUUAUUACAUAUACAAUUAUCAUUGAGCAAAUGUUGAAAGAAUAUGCAUUUGACCAUGCUCAGAGGGUUUUUGAACAAAUGGUUUCCUUGGGAUAUAAACCUGAUGUUUGCACGUACACUUCAUUUCUUCUUGCAUAUUGCAACCAAGGAAAGUUGAAAGAAGCAGAGAAUGUGAUGGCUAAAAUGAAUGAAAAAGGUGUUCUGCCGGAUUUUAUGAGUUACACAGUGUUAAUUGAUGGGUAUGGGCGAUCUGGAUUGACACAUCAUGCUUUUGAUACUCUCAAAUGUAUGGUUGAUGCUGGAUGUGAACCUUCUCAUUAUACCUAUUCUGUUUUAGUUAAGCAUCUCUCAAAUGAAAAGCGGAUGAAGGAAAAUAGCGACAGACUAGGACUUGGUUUGAAUUCAAAAGCUGCCUCAGUUAAUAUUGCUGAUGUCUGGAAAGUUAUGGAUUUCAAUACUGCGCUGGAACUUUUUGAGAAAAUGACUCAACAUGGUUGCACACCUGAUGUUAAAACUUACAAUUCACUCAUUACAGGACUUUGCAGAGAGGGGCGCUUUGAAGAAGCUUGGAGGUUGGUUAAUCAUAUGAAAGAAAGAGGAAUAUCUUGCAGUGAAGAUAUAUAUACCUCUCUUAUUAAUUGUUGCUGCAAAUUGGGAAUGUAUGGUGAAGCAGUGAGGCUGGCAGAUGCUAUGGUUGAACAUGGUCUGCUACCGCAUCUAGAGUCCUACAAAAUGCUUGUUUGUGGGUUAUAUGAUGAAGGGAAUGUUGAGAAGGCUAAAGCAGUAUUCUGUAGUUUGCUUCAUUGUGGAUACAAUCAUGAUGAAGUAGCUUGGAAGCUUCUCAUAGACGGCAUACUUAAAAGGGGCCUUGUUGAUAGGUGUUCUGAACUAGUAACUAUCAUGGAGGAAAAGGGUUGCCAGUUCAGUCCUCAAACAUAUUCAAUGUUGGUUGAGGGGCUUGAUAGAACAGAUGGGACAUAAGACAUGAAUUCCAAUAUAUGUUUUUUGUCAUUGGGAUUGCCUUGCAUCUCUAGCAAGAGUGGUCUUUGGUGCUCAUGUUGGUGAAGGCUAAGAGCAUACAAGUGCAGAACCAAAUUCUUUUGACACAAGCACUCGAGAUGAGUUCUUGAUUUAAUAGAAGUGUAAUCAGUUUUAUCAAUAAUGGAGCAGUAACUGUUAGUGAAUUGCAUUCCAAUUACCACUUGGAUGUUUCAACAGCCAAAUAGAGCAGUAGCUUCAGAGAAAGUGAACAGAUUCUAGUGACAAACAAGA